UUCACUCUUUUGUGAGAUGGACAAUGAGGGCCUGAGGUCCAGGGCUUAAAAAGGAUAGGCACACCGUUUAACAGCCAGCGACUCUGGACACAGGCUGGCCAAACUAAAGGCUUCACRAUGCUGUAUACCUUAGCAGGAGGAGGAACCCUGUGCGGCGUAGCCGCCCUGGUUCUCCUCAUCGUUUCUACRGCAACAGAUUUCUGGAUGUACUACCGCUACUCGGGCAGCUCAGCCAAUCAGGGGCUUUGGAGGUUCUGCAUUAACCACAAAUGCCACGCCCACACCAUAACCGUAGCCUUCUGGGACGCCACCCGGGCCUUCAUGCUUCUGGCCGUGCUGAGCUGUUUUGCCGGUACUGUGCUCGGCCUUAGCGCCUUCACUAAUGGCACCAAGAACCGGAGGGUCCGGACCGGAGGCAUCGCUCUGGUCCUGUCAGGUUUUCUUGCUCUUCUGGCUUUAGCUGUUUACACAGGAGUGACCGUCACCUUCUUUGGCAAACGCUUCCUGGACUGGCGCUUUUCCUGGUCCUACAUUAUUGGCUGGGUGGCUGUGAUUUUGGCUUUCGCAGCAGGUGUGUUUCAGCUCUGUGCGUAYCGCCAGACCUCUGAAGAGCCUGCUCCUUCCAAUAACCCGGACAGCUGAACAGGAUAAACGCACAGAUGGUCCUUCAGACUGUUGGACUGAACAUCAUUGCGGAAUUUGCUUCCAUAAUAUGAAAUAAAAUAAAUAUAUCAUAGAAUAGUCCAUUCUCUGCAGCUAGAUGUAGUUGAGUCACAAACCAAACAUGCCAGAAGUCAGACAGCUAUAAAUGCGGUAUUAGUCUGACAUUUUUCCUGUGUUCCACAAGAAUGUGGUUUUGAAACUAAAUUGUUGAMAAUCAGAUGCAACAUUCCAGCAUUYUUACAAGUAUAAUUUAGGCUUUAACAUUUUUUGGUUUCAGUAAAUGCUAGAAUUUUACUACGCAAACCCUUUUCACAUGUCAUCACUGUAAAACCACACAGUUCAUCGUAUUUAAUUAGGCUUUUACCCGACAGAAGAUAGUCARUACCUAAAAACAUACGUGAAAAGUUUGAUGUGAUAUAUCCUUCUAUUCCAAUACAGACACCUUUUGUUGGAAAAAAAAAAUGCUUGAGAAGAUCUGUAGUUUGCCAGGACACGUGGGGAACACAGAGCAUCAUAUGCUUUUCUACAUGAGGACAAGGAAUCUGGUCCAUGUUGAUGGAUAGACUGAUGAAUUUAAAUGCAGGACAAAGCUGGGGAGAGGAGUGGGACAACGGUCCAGCAGGAGAGUUACAAGGGAUCGUGUUAGGUCAGGGGUGUCCAAAGCAUGGGAAUUAUUUUGUGUGUGCCCAAAAUGGCACAACUGUGGGGCACUGCUACAGGAAGUUGAUGCAGAUAAACUCUUUAAAAAGAAGAAGAAAAAAAAAGGGAAGUGGACAGUAAMAUUUUUUGUACAAUUAGUAGGCCUGUUUUAUGCUUUCGCUUCAUAUGAUUAAAAAGUACAUUAAUUUACCCAACAGCAGGUAAAAACAAAAAAUGAAAAAGAACUCACUUUGUGGCAGUGGCGUGACAGUUUUGGUUCUUGUGGCAAAUGUUUCAGAGACUGACGUAUAUAAAAUUAUGUUCAAAUGUUAGAGUGGCCCAGUUACCGCCCGUCCACACUAAUGAGAAUCUGUGACGAGACUUAAAAAGAUUUCUGCUUAAAACACACAGAGAUUAUGCCAUUUUGCAAUAUUUUCAGUCUCUAGUCUACAUAUUCAAAGCAGGUAAAAACAGCACAAAAGCCUUGCACCUGUAUUUGAAACAAAAGCUUGUUCUACCAAAUAUCAACUAAAAUGUGCACCAUGUUUUUUUUUUUUAAAAGUGUCUGACAAAAUGGGAUAAAGUUACAGUAAUGAGUAUAUUUAAAAUAUCAAGUACAGUACUAGGGUUGAAUGAGACGUUUUCUUUUCACAAAUUUACCUUAAUCUCUUAACGUUCAGGGACAAUGUUCACACACUUUCAAAAUUAAAACGCAAAURCAUCAAACUUUACUUCCAAAUAUUUCUUUUAUUUUUAACAGUACAAAGCAAUCUCACAGAGACUACUUUAAAUUACACAUAAUGCAAAUAAAUAUAUAGAGAGCCAAAGUAGAAUUAAGGACAUUAACAUUUGGUACAAAAUUAUUUACAACACUCUGAAUAGUGCAAAAAUCACAAAAACCGCCCCAGAGUCUUGAAAUGGAUCAUUUGAGGACAGUGGUUGUGCAUGCUUCCCCCUGGUGGGGGAAUACAAUAACUGA